AUGGAUCGCGAGCAGUUUAGAGCUGCGGCCCACGCAGCCAUUGAUGACAUCACCGACUAUUUUGAUACCCUCCCCUCUCAGCGCGUCGUGUCCACAGUCGAACCAGGUUAUCUGCGCCCUCAGAUUCCUGAGAACCCACCUGAAGAGCCUGAAGAAUGGUCUCAGAUCCAGGCGGACAUUGCUUCCAAGAUCAAGCCGGGCCUGACUCACUGGCAGUCGCCCAACUUCAUGGCAUUCUUCCCGUCCGGCGUCAGCUAUCCUAGCAUCCUGGGUGAGAUGUAUUCCGCCGCAUUCAACGCUCCUGCAUUCAAUUGGAUUUGCUCGCCCGCCUGUACAGAGCUGGAGACCAUCAUGAUGGAUUGGCUUGGCAAAGCAUUGGCACUCCCAGAGUGCUUCCUGAGCACGUCCGCAAAUCGCGGUGGUGGAGUGAUCCAGGGCAGCGCUAGCGAGUCGGUGGCGACGAUGUUGAUCGCCGCUCGCGAACGCCGCGUCCGUGAGAAGGCGCUGGCUGAGGGCCUCAAGGAGGGCACCAGGGAAUACGAAGACCGAAUCAUGGACCUCAGGCCGAGACUCGUCGCCCUCGGGAGCGACCAGGCUCACAGCAGCAUUGCCAAGGCCGCUCUGAUUGCGGGGACCAGGUUCCGUUCAAUCCCUACCAAAUUGGAAGAUAACAUGGAAUUGACCGGAGAGGCGUUGCGUGCGGUGCUGGAACAGUGCGAAAAGGACGGGCUCGACCCGUUCUUCAUCACGCUGAACAUGGGAACCACCAAUUCUUGCGCGGUGGAUCGCUUCGCGGAGAUCAAGGCGGUUCUGAAGGAGAAGGAGUCGUGGCAGAGGAUCUGGGUGCACAUCGAUGCGGCGUUUGCGGGCGCAGCUCUCGUCGCAGACGAGUAUCAGCCGAUCACGCAGAACUUUGCCGAAGGCGUGGACAGCUUCAACAUGAACAUGCACAAAUGGCUGCUUGUCAAUUUUGAUUGCAGCUGUCUCUUCGUGCGCAACCGUCACGACCUGACAAACGCCCUUGACAUGACACCGACUUACCUGCGCAAUCCGUACUCUGACCAGGGCAUAGUCACCGACUACCGGAACUGGCAGAUCCCCUUGGGACGACGCUUCCGCGCUCUGAAGGUCUGGUUCGUCAUGCGCAGCUACGGUCUGAAGGGACUGAAGGCGUACAUUCGAAGAACCAUCGGGAUUGGCAACAUCUUCGCGAGCCUAGUACGCGAGAGGGCCGAUCUCUUCGAGAUUGUCACCAAGCCAGCCUUUGCCCUGACGGUGUUGCGCGUGCGGAAUCCGACGAACCUAACUGCCACCAACGGCGCGAGCUCGGACAAACCUCAUCAUGCCCCCCAAGUCGACGAGACAUCGAACGCUCUGACCAAGAAAGUCUACGAGCUGAUCAACUCGCGCGGAGAAAUCUUCCUCACCUCAACCGUCGUCGCCGGGAUCUACGCCAUCCGCGUGGUGAGCGCCAACCCGGCUGCAGACGAGCAGCACAUCCGCCGCGCGUUUGACAUUCUCGUCAGCACUACGGAAGAGGUCCUCCGCGAGGAGGCUGGAAAUGAUAAAGCCUGA